AUGUGUUUCUGUCAAACUGUCAAUAGGGAACUGAUAGAAGUGGGCUAUGAAGAUGCAAAUCUGGCAUUUAAAUUGAAAGGCUACAUCACAAAUGCAAACUACUCUGUGAAGAAAUGUAUAUUUUUACUCUUCAUAAACCAUCGACUGGUAGAGUCAGCCGCUUUGCGGAAAGCCAUAGAAACCGUGUACGCUGCUUAUUUGCCAAAAAGUACGCAUCCAUUCCUAUACUUAAGCCUGGAAAUAGCCCCCCAGAAUGUAGAUGUGAAUGUGCACCCUACAAAACAUGAGGUCCAUUUCCUCCAUGAAGACAGUAUUCUCGAGCGUGUGCAACAACAUGUGGAGAGCAAAUUAUUGGGCUCCAAUUCUUCGAGGAUGUACUUCACUCAGACGUUGCUUCCAGGGGCCGAUUGCUCUUCCAGUGAGGUUGUAAAAGCAGCAGCAAGCUCUUCUGGGGUUACCAAAGGACCCAGCGAUAAAGUUUAUGCACAUCAGAUGGUCCGCACAGAUUCCCGAGAGCAGAAAUUGGAUGCUUUUCUUCAGCCAGUGAACAACCCCUUGAGUACAGGCCCCGCUGAAGCGACAGCAGAGGUGAAUGCAGGACCUCCGGAGGGUGCGGUUAGGCCACAGGAUGCUGAAAUGGAAGAUGUCGGUGAUGUAGUUGAAAUUGCUGAUGUUCAGGAGGACACAGCGAGGCCUGGGGGGUCGAGUGAGAGAGGACGCCUGUCUCCUGAGACAGUGCCGCCUCGAAAGAGACCACGGGAAGACGCAGACAUAGAAAUGGAGAAAGAUGACACCAGACAGGACAUGACUGCGGCCUGUACCCCUAGACGAAGAAUUAUCAAUUUGACCAGCGUAUUGACCCUCCAGGAGGAAAUCAGUAACCGGGCACAUGCAAAUCUUCAGGAGAUGCUACGUGAUAACUCAUUUGUUGGCUGUGUCAGCCCUCAGUGGGCUCUGGCCCAAUAUCAGACAAAACUGUAUCUUCUCAAUACAACAAAGCUCAGCCAAGAACUCUUCUACCAGAUACUUAUUUAUGACUUUGCAAACUUUGGAGUCUUAAGGUUGUCUGAGCCAGCUCCUCUAUAUGAGCUUUCAAUGCUUGCUUUAGAGGAUCCCCAAAGUGGCUGGACAGAAGAAGAUGGCCCAAAAGAAGGGCUUGCUGAGUACAUCGUGGACUUUAUGCUAAAGAAGGCUGAAAUGCUGAAAGAUUAUUUUUCUCUUGAAAUUGAUGAGGAAGGAAACCUUAUUGGGUUACCACUUCUGAUAGACAACUAUGUUCCACCACUGGAAGGACUGCCUAUGUUUAUCCUUCGCUUGGCCACAGAGGUAAACUGGGAUGAAGAAAAGGAGUGUUUUGAAAGCCUAAGUAAAGAAAUAGCUAUGUUCUACUCCAUUAGAAAGCAAUAUAUAAUAGAUGAAGCCAGCCUGACAGACUCUCAGAAUGAAGAUUCUGACUCCGGUUCAAGAACAUGGAAAUGGACUGUGGAACAUGUACUUUACAAAGCUUUUAGGACUCAUCUUUUACCUCCUAAGCAUUUCACAGAAGAUGGCAACAUUUUGCAGGUUGCUAACCUGCCUGACCUGUACAAAGUUUUUGAGAGAUGUUGAGCAAGUAGUUAAUUGUAUAGACU